CACCGGAACGACGCGGCCCCGCGCGGCGCGAGGAGGAGCCAUGGGCAAGUGCAGCGGGCGCUGCACGCUGGUCGCCUUCUGCUGCCUGCAGCUGGUGGCUGCACUUCAGCGGCAGAUCUUCGAUUUCCUGGGCUACCAGUGGGCUCCCAUCCUGGCCAACUUCCUGCAUAUCAUGGCUGUCAUCCUGGGCAUCUUUGGCACUGUGCAGUACCGGUCCCGGUAUCUCAUCCUGUAUGCAGCCUGGCUGGUGCUCUGGGUGGGCUGGAAUGCCUUCAUCAUCUGCUUCUACCUGGAAGUUGGACAGCUCUCCCAGGACCGGGACUUCAUCAUGACUUUCAACACAUCCCUGCAUCGCUCAUGGUGGAUGGAGAAUGGGCCAGGCUGCCUGGUGACGCCUGUCCUGAACUCCCGCCUGGCCCUGGAGGACCACCACGUCAUCUCCGUCACUGGCUGCUUGCUUGAUUAUCCUUACAUAGAAGCCCUCAGCAGUGCGCUGCAGAUCUUCCUAGCUGUGAGUCCUGUUCAUCACCCAUCGCCAUAUUCCCAGAAGCACAGGUCCCAACCCUUUCCACUCUUUUUUUUUCUCCCCCCUUGGUGUUUGUUUGUUUGUUUGUUUGUUUUCGAGACAGGGUUUCUCCGUGUAUCCUUGCCUGCCCUGGUCUCGCUUUGUAGAGCAGGCUGGCCUCGAACUCACAGAGAUCCUCCUGCCUCUACCUCUCCGAGUGCCACUGCCCGGCUCUCAUCCCACUCAUUAUCCCUAGUAAAGAGAGGACAGGCUCUAUGAAGUGACCUAUACCUACAAUUCCAGCAUUCAGGAGGCAGAGGCAAGGGGAUCAGGAUCGGAGGUCAGCCUAGAUUACAUAGUGAGUUCCAGACCCUACCCCUGUGCUGAAAAGAAAAGAAAGAUAAAACUAUGAAUUCUAGCCUCUCCCCCUUGCUCCUGCCUGGACCUCCCCCUUCCUCCUUCCACCCCCUCCCCCAAGAAGGGCAUGGGCAGGUUUCCUGAAUGGGAUGAGUCACCAGGCCAAAUCCUGCUGGGCUUGAAUAUCUAAUAUGCCCCCGAGACCUUGGACAAGUCAUUUGCUCUCUCUAAGCUCCCUUUCUGUUUGCAUACGAAGGAAGCGCUAACCUUAGAGGGCUGUGCAGUGGUAGUGUGCCUCUAAUCCCAGUGCUCAGGAGGCAAGGGCAGACAGAUCUGGGAGCUAGCCUGGUAUACAGACUGAGUCCCAGGACGGGAAGGACUACAGUUGAAACAAACAAAAAAAAGAGAAAGAAAGAAAGAGGCUCCAAAUAGGGGUCACAGCCAGGCAUGGUGGUGUAUACCCAUAACCCCUGCACAUGGAAGGCCCCAGAGCUCAAGGCCAGCCUGGGCUACUUGAGACCAGCCCUGGCCUAGGCACUUUCCCUGUCCUAGGUGCUUUACACAGGCAGGGCUACAUAAUCCUUUCACCCUACAGUCUAAUGACUCAACCUGGGCCUAGCAGAGAACACCGGGCCACAAAGAGGUGAUAAUGCUGGUCUGAAGUCACAGUCACAGCCUUUCUGGUUUGUUUUGUUUGUUUCGAGGCAGGGUUUCUCUGGGUAGCCUGAGCCGUCCUGGAUCUCCCUUUGUAGAAGAGGCAGGCUGCGAACUUCCAGAGAUCCACCUGCCUCUGCCUCCGGAGUGCUGGGAUUACAGGCGUGAGCCACCGGGCGCACAGUCAUUUAUCUUAAGUGUUUGCUUUGUGCAGGGUGCUGAGUCAGGUGGGUAGAGGGGACGGGGACAGCUCCUCUUUCUCUUCCUGACUGCCAUCUCCCCUCCCAGCUGUUCGGCUUCGUGUUUGCCUGUUACGUGAGCAAAGUGUUCCUGGAGGAGGAGGACAGCUGUGAGUGC